CUAGGCUAAGAUUAAGAAGAAUUUAUUGAGCUGGCUUUGCGUUGUUGGUUUUGCUAGCAGAGAGGUAAUUAAUCAGAUUUUGCGGGCGCAUGGGCGUAGACCGACUUUUACCGGGAUAAAUGACCGCGGCCACGUGUGUAAAAAGGUGCCAAAACACUUUUAAGACCGUCACGUUUCUAUGCAGCAAAAAUCACCUAAUGCACGGCCAUUGAAUUGGUGUUGGUUAUACAAUGAGAUGCGGAGUUAGCAUGAUCAUAUCAUAUACUAGCAACCAUCUCUGUUUCAUUAUUAUCCAACAAUGAGUCAACAUCCAGCAUUCACAAUGGCUGCUCUUUGCAGUGUGGGCGGAAUCAUUGGUUUCGCAAAGACUCGAUCUUUGCCUUCCAUCGUGGCAGGAUUAGGUGUAGGUGCUGCUUAUGCUUACGGUGGCUAUCGUAUCAAAGAGGGACAAGAUUAUGGAUAUGAAAUAUGUGCUGCUGCUUCUACCCUACUAUUAGCAAGUUCAGCACCAAGAAUGCGAAAAGGCCCUGUUCCUGCUGGUUUGACAGCUGCUUCUACCGUGGCUUUGGCAUACUAUGGUAAAAAGGUAUACGACUUCCGACAAUAAGCAUCGGGAAUCACCUUGUAUAACAGCUCCUCACACCACUCGCUAAUUCACUGAUUAAUGCAUGAUCGAUUAGGCGGAAAAUAGUACAAGAUGCGUAAAUGCAUUACUACAGAUUGAGAUAGAUGAAAUAGAGAGAUUACAGCAAGAUUAAG